AUGUAUUUUAAACCUUUUUGUUUCUUCUCUUUUUCAUUGUUGAACAGUUUUCUGCUUUGUUAUUCCACAAAAAUCCCAACUAGCGUUAUUGAAUUAAAUGACAGGUUUUUGGAUGUUAUGGACAAAGGAUUGUGGUUUGUGGAGUUUUAUGCUCCAUGGUGUGCUCAUUGUAAACAGUUAAUGCCAGUUUGGGAACUUGUAGGGCACGCUUUAGCAGAUAAACAAUCUCCUGUGCGUGUUGGAAAAGUGGAUUGUACAAGGUUUAAUAAUGUUGCCUCUACUCUUUCAAUUCGUGGUUAUCCUACAAUUAUUUUUUUUCGCAACGGCAUUCAAAUCCCUUAUGAAGGCGAACGUCGAAAAGAAGACAUUAUAAAAUUUGCCGAAAAAUGUUCUGGUCCAGUAGUUGAUAAAAUAGAAACAAAGGCUCAAUUUGAAGAGUUGCAAAAAUCUGCGGAUAAAGAGCCUUUUUUCGUCUUUGUCGAUGAUUCGACAAAACAAAAAACUUCUCUUGAAAUGAAAAUGUGGUUGGAAUAUGAGAAUGUUGCGGACAUGUUAUUUACUGAAACGAGAUUUUUUAGGGCGAAUGAGAGAGAAAUAAUUCCGGAAGAAAUUAUUGGGGACAAGGAGGAAGUGGUUUUGAUUGGGCUUAAAGAGAGUGAUUAUUGGGUUAAUUUUGGAUUGAAGGAGUUUGAAAAAGGUCAAUCAAUUUCUGAAUGGAUAAGACGUGAAAGAUGGCCCCCAAUGUUACAAUUAUCUGCUUCAAAUUUACAUUCAGUAGCUGAUUCAAAUAGUGAAAAGAAAUUGGUUUUGAUUUCUAUUGAACCUUUUGACCGGUUAAAUUUGAGUACUCCUUCUGGAAGUUUUUAUGACUUGGCAAAGAAAACAGCCAACAAUUUGAGAACAAAUCCAGAAUUAAAUUCGCAUUUCCAAUUUGGGUGGUUGGAAGGAGGACAAAUUGCUAAUGGAAUUGUGAUGGGGUCUUUAACUAUUCCAAGUUUGGUUGUUUUCAACUUCUCAAGUUACGAAUUCUUUCUUAGCGAUGAUUCUAAUGAACAAAUGACUGUCCACUCUUUACUUUUAUUUUUGCAAAGAAUUAAGGAAGGUCAUGUUAAAGCGCAAGGAGGGCGUGCUUGGAUAACUCGAAUUAAACGAAUGUUUUACGACGUUACUACCAAUCUACUCGAUAUGUUCAAACAUCAACCAAUUUUGACUGUUUGUCUAUUUGGCGUUCCUUUAGCAUUUUUCUCAAUUAUAACUUAUUCAAUUUGUUCUGCCGAUUUUUCUGUUGAUAGAGAUGAAGUAUAUCCAGAUGAUGAAGAAUUGGAUGAAGAGGAGGAAGAAGAUGAAAUGAAUGGGGAAGGGCCUAGUUCUAGUACAAAUACCUCUGCAAUUGAAGGUUUUUUUGAAAAUUUAAUUAAUAAACCCGGAGAGGGUUCGAACCUGUGACCCUGAAAGAUAAAAGUUAAAAAUUAUGCCACUUAACCAUGGAGACGAAAUUGGGUAGUAGGGCCUUUCCAGUGUGUAUUGCGUAAAUCUACAAUAUU